UCAACUCCGGCUCCUGGUGACGGACAUCCUGCUCAGAUGAGGAGGAAGAUCACCAUUAUUUACUCCUCGCUACGGGACGGGCUUGACUCCGUGUGUCUCUUCGUCUGCUAAACAGAGGUCACAGAGAGCCGAAAGUGCGCGGUUACGCCGUGUGAGAUUAUCGGAGUCGCAGAAUUAAAGGUUUUGUUUGGUUUCGUGGUGCCCGGAUAGCCGCCCGGUCGUAGCCGGCCUGCAGGGCGAGGAUGUCGUCGAGCGCCGCGCAGGGAUCCGCGCUCGGAGCUCCGGCUUCGGGCAUGUCCAUGUUCCGCUGGCUGGAGGUCCUGGAGAAGGAGUUCGACAAGGCGUUCGUGGACGUGGACCUACUUCUGGGCGAAAUCGACCCGGACCAGGCCGACAUCACGUAUGAAGGCCGCCAGAAGAUGACUAGCCUCAGUUCGUGCUUUGCGCAGCUUUGCCACAAAGCGCAGACAGUCUUCCAGCUCAACCACAAACUGGAGGCUCAGCUGGUGGAUCUGAAGUCAGAGCUGACGGAUGUGCAAGCAGAGAAGACUGUGGUGGAGAAGGAGGUUCAUGAGCAGCUGCUCCAGCUCCACGCCCUCCAGCUGCAGCUCCAUGCCAAAGCUGGCCAGGCUGUCGACUCCAGCUCCAUCAAAGACAGGAUGCCUGUUCCUUCCGUGGAGGAGAUGGAGAAGGAACUGGAGGCCAGUAAGAAAGAAAAAGUUAAGGAGGUGAAGCUGGAAGCUGAAGUGAGGAUGCUUAAAAAAGAGAAUGAGGCCCUCCGCAGGCAUAUCGCUGUACUACAGGCGGAAGUGUACGGAGCCAGACUGGCUGCCAAAUACCUGGACAAGGAGCUUGCUGGGAGGGUUCAGCAGAUUCAGCUUUUAGGCCGAGACAUGAAGGGGCCAGCUCAUGAUAAACUGUGGAACCAGCUAGAGGCCGAGAUCCAUCUUCACCGCCACAAGACGGUCAUCCGUGCUUGCAGAGGGCGCAAUGACCCGAAGAAGCCUCUAGCAUCACCAGCAGGACAUGAUCCAGACUCUCUGAAGAAGACUCAAGGAGUCGGCCCCAUACGCAAAGUGGUUCUGUCUAAAGAGGAUCAUGAGGGCCUCGGAAUCUCGAUCACAGGAGGUAAAGAGCAUGGUGUUCCCAUCCUGAUCUCUGAGAUCCACCCUGCCCAGCCUGCAGAACGCUGUAAGGGGCUGCAUGUGGGAGACGCCAUCUUAGCCGUCAACAACAUCAAUCUGAGAGAUGCCAAGCACAAGGAGGCAGUCACAAUCCUCUCCCAGCAGAGAGGGGAGAUUGAGUUUGAGGUGGUGUACGUAGCUCCAGAGGUGGACUCUGAUGAUGAAAAUGUGGAGUAUGAGGAUGACAGUGGCCAUCGCUACCGUCUCUAUCUGGAUGAGCUGGAGGAGGGUUCAGCCUCCAGCCACGGUAACGGCACUGCCGAGUCCGCCUCACUGCAAGUUGUGGAGAAGCACCUGAUGGCUGAUGGAGGUGAGAACGGAGACACUGGCAUCUCCAGUGAGAGUCCUUCAGAGGAGACGCCCUCAAAAACGGCCGAGUCUCCAGAGAGCUCCUCCUAAAGAGAUUACAGUGAGCUGAGGGAGAGGAAGAGAGAAAGACUCUGCCCAUGUAUGAUAUGUAACAUACAAGAUGUGUUUUGUACUAUAUGGAGAAGAGACCGUUUCAGAGUCCACUGGAUAUUGCAUGGAGACACAAAGAGGAAAUGGAGGACAGUUUCUCACAUGGUGGUCAUAGAGAGGCACAAGGAGCAGUUGCAGAAUCGUCACCAUCUGUUGUAGUUACAAUGUAAAACAAAUGCAAAGAAGCAGAGAAUUAUCUGCGUUUAUGAUCUGCUGUUUCAAAGCAUGAAUCUGCUCCAAUUCCAAUAUGGUGCAAGAGAUGUAGGGCUGCACAGUAUGGACAAAAUACCAUAUUGUGAUAUACUAAAAACACAUUGGUGAAUCUUUAAUGUAACAUAGUCAACAACUCACCUGCAAUAUUUCAUCCAAAGCAUUUGUUGGAUGUUGUGUCUUUUCUUGAUUGAUCAAAAUCCAGCACAUUUAUGGUUGGUCAGAAUGCUCACAGCAUACAACAAACUUUUGACAAAUAUAUUGUGCAGCCCUAAAAAGAUGGGAAGUGUUUUUCGUGCUUUGCACAGUAACCAAUGGGUGCAGUUGCUGAACAGGUAAGCUGUACUGCUGUGGUGAUCUAGAAUCCCUUUAUUCCUAAUCAAAUACAUUUAAACUAGCAAAAAGUUGAUGUCCACCUACAACGUAUAACGAUUAUCAAACAUAAGCCUCUUUUGAACCUGUCUUUUUAACCUAGUCUGUCCUGCUAAGCUGUCUGCUGUCCAAAGUCAAUGAAACUCUGAUGACAUUACCUCUCUUUAUGGUUUGGUGGAAUGUUGUGACUCUAUGUAAAACGCACCACUAUAAAGUACAUUGGAGACAUCACUAGGCCUGUCACAAUAAAUUUGAGCUGACAUUUAUUUCCCUUUUUUGUUCUGUUACAAGCCGCAAGUGAUCGGAUUGGCUCCCAGCCGUCUUUGCCAUUCUCUGAGGGUGUUAAUGCGCAUCAAAUAAACAAACGUUACUCAGCACCAGCCUCCAAAGGUGUUAUAGCACCAGUCAAAGAUUUUCAUGAUGAGUCUCAGUAACUGCUUUCUUUUAUUUACAUGUAUUUGCCUCAAGCCCUGCAGAUGAAAACACACCCAAUUGACAUUGUUUACUGCAACGUAAACAUGAUUUGUGGAACAUAAUUGCGAUCUACUCAGAUAAUUCUGAUGGGGAAAGGAUGUAAUAAUUGUGACAGGCCUAAUAUGACCUGUCUCAAUAAAUGCAUCUUCUGCUUUCUUUUAUUUACAUGGGUUUGAAUGAAAACGGUAAUGAUUGUGAUGACGGCAUAUGAUUGUGAAAGCUAACAGCUGUGGAGAAUAAUUGUGUUCCCCACUAAUAUGAAAUAUUUGACAGGCCUAGAUAUCACAUCACUCUCAGUGUUUCAUCCUGUUGCUGUAAAACUUUUCAUAGUAUCUGCAGCACAAUUCGGUGGAUUUAGUGGGGUUUCUUUGGUUUAAAGGACAUGUUCUAAAGCAAUGUAUAAAGGUACUUAUUAGCACAGAAUCUGUUGAGUAUUUAAUAUGAGAAUGCACGAGAGAUUGUGUGAGGACAGUUUUAUGCAGAGUAUGUUAAGAAUGCUUCCACAGUGCAACACUGAUGAUGGCUAGGUGGUUAUUAUAGUUAUAGGAUGUUUAAAAGGCUAGAAGUAAUAUAAAAAGAGUUUAGUCCGUUAGUUUGUCUAUUUUUCUGGAUAUCAGUGUCCGUGAUCCUGAGAGUGAACUGGGAGACCGAGAUGUUUCUGGACAAACCAGGAUUUCUGUGUAAGCUCGAUAACUUAAAAGGAUAUUCCAGUGUCUUUCUAAUGUCUGUCUGCUGCAUCUAUAGGAAAUGUUUGAUCGCUAUGGACAAUAACUUAUAACAGAUGGAUAAUACGGACAAUAACAGAAUUUACAGAACAGAAAAAACAUACUUGAAACCUACUCAUAAUAGAAAGCAGUGGGCAGAUGCUUCAAAUGUUGUAAGUGUAUAUUAGGUUGACUGUUUUUCAACUGGGAUGCACAUCUACAUUAUUAUCCACAGUAAUGGACAGUUAUACAGAUGCAGUAGAUAGAGAUCAGUAUGGAAAGUCAACAGAGUAUCCUAGGCAUGCAGUGAUAUGGGAACUGUGGGCAAAAGCAGAUAUCCAGUAUUUCUGUAUCUAGCUGUCAAUGCUGAUGCAGAUAUGUACAUUUCUAAAAUGUAUAAAUUGAGCCUAAAUUUACUUGAAUUAGCACAUCACAGAAAUAUUUCUGUGGAGUUAAAUCAAGUAAAAUGAAUAAAAUGCAGAUAUUCUAGCAUUAAAAUCCCACCAGCAUCUAUCAAAUGCUGGCAAAUAUUUUAAGUAUCUGUAUCAGUAUCUGCUGAUGCUGACAUGAUUUCAAUAUCGCUGAUCAUCCCUUAAGCUGUCAAAUUGAGCAGUGUCUAAUGGAAACAUUCCUGACCUGUUGACCAGGCUUGAUUUUAGGCUUAAUUUAUCUGCCUUGUGAAAUACCGUCCAACACGGUGACCAUCUCUUCCUUUUCUGCAUGUCCUGCUCUGGUGUGUCGCCUGAAAAAGUGCAAUAUGUGUGUUUUAGGUCUUGGGAGAGGAGGUUCCUUGUUGCUCUCUGCUCCACAUAUCGUUUUCGAGCCAUGCUCUGUGACCACGCUCUCACUAAACCUUUAUUUUGAUGCACAAAACCAUACAGUGAUGUCUACAAGAAUUCAUUUCCAGAUGACCAUAAACCUAAGAGAACAUCUAUUUCUUUGUCAGAUGCAACCUAAACGACUACCCACUGACAGCUGCAUAUUUAUGUACAGUUUAUAUAUAAGGAAUUUUAGCCAAAUAGCAAUAAAGAGAAACUCCUGUACCAGUAUUUCACCUAUUUGCUGCUCUAAGACCUGCAGAAAUGUCACUUCACCUGUGCACGUAGCCAGUGUGUGUGUCCUUUGCACUGUGGUUCUAAAAAUGGUCCUCAUGGACCCCCAGACAGUCCACAUGUUCCUGUUUCUCUUUUGGUCGGGUCCUCUGUUCAUUAGGCACUGAGGAUCGGUUUGAGAAUCACUGCUCUAGUGAACGUAACCUAGUUCCUGUAGGUUGACGCUGUAUUUCUGAACUCCAUUCUCUAAAGCUCCUUGAAAAGAUGGCCGUUUCUUGUCGGGGUGUGAGUCUGUGUAGGGCGAGUUGGCUCAGUGGAGAGGAUUUUCAGUUACUGAUGGUUGGGUACUGUGUGGUGUAGGUAGGGGGGAGCAAACUGCAUGCUGUAGGAAACACCAACAGGCAGAAAGUAGCCUAGAGGAAUAAAUGCUCUUGUAGUUCUUGCCAUUUUUACCUUAUCAGUUUUUAUAUGGUUUGUGUGAUUGUUAAUCUUUCCUCUUAUUUCCCCCUCUAGUGUCAAGCGAUCUGUAUUUCUGCAAUCUAAAGAGAUUUGGUAUAAAUGUCUUAUAUCUGUAGUUACUGUAUAACAAUAUUUGAAUAAACUUAAAUUUAUUUGCCCA